CAAAAUUUCAUUCACGUUACUAAUACUAAAGGCUGGACAGGUUGGAAAAUACAAUUUUGAUGUUAGUCGACUGUGAGAAACCAUGGGCAAAAGGUCAUCUAUAGACUAUGAGUUCUACCUGCAACCAGUAUUACGGUGUUAUUAAGAAGGUGUCAUCAUUGGCUGGCCAGUGGCCUUAUCAGACACCAAAAACAAGAAUAUUCUGCGUAAUUCUGGUGACUCUGAACACACUUUCUAUGAUCAUCCCGCAGACAGCAAAAUUCGUUAGAUGCGAUGGAGACUUGCAAUGCAUUUUCGAAAGUAUGACAUCGUACACGUUAACUGGUGUAUCAUUACUGAAACUAUAUACGUGUUAUUUUAAUCAGUAUAAGCUAAAGAUUCUCGUCGAUCAUUUUUUCAUUAAUUGGGAUAGAUUAGAGAGUCCGGAAGAAUAUGAGAUCGUGAAGAAAUAUACUGAGAAUAGUCAGCGAUUCUCUUUGGGGUAUUCAUCGUACUGCUUCAUAUCAUACGCUCUGUUCAUGUGCAUAUCCAUCAUACCGCAAAUGUUGAAUGUCAUAUUACCCCUCAACGAAUCCCGCCCUGUAGUGGUCCCGUAUCCGGGAUACUAUUUUGUCGAUGAGGAGGAAUAUUUCUUAUAUAUUUUCUGUCAUGCCGUCGUGAGUGGGGAAAUAAUGAUGACCGGAAUAGUAGCUCACGAUUGCAUGCUUCUAACUUGCAUCGAACAUAUCUGUAGUAUUUUUGCUGUGGCUGGGUUUCGAUUUGAACAGUUAACAUACGAUUACACGACAAAAGUUUUACACGAUUACGUAAGUGAUGACUAUCGCAAACGUAUCGCGUUUUCGGUACACAUGCACCAAAAGGCUUUACAAUUUGCUCAGUUUGUUACAGACAUAUUCUCUUUAUCGCUGGCCAUACAAGUGGCGAUAAAUGCAUUGGUAAUUAGCAUCACUCUGUUACAAAUCACGCAGCGGGAUGCUGAUACUUUAGAUGCGUUAAAAUAUGUAGUGUACUUUGCUGCUCAGCUGAUCCACUUGUUCUAUCUCAGUUUCGAAGGACAAAAGCUGAUAGACCACAGUGUUCAGAUGCGCGAAAAGAUUUUGUCAUUGAACGAUUGCAGUUAUGACAGUUUGUGGUACAAAACACCCGUAAAAUCGAAAAACGUACUUCUGUUCGUGAUACGAAGGACCUAUCAACCUAUUUUCCUGACCGCUGGCAAGAUACUUGUUUUCUCGUUGGAAAGUUUUACCACGAUUCUGCAAACUUCAAUGUCAUAUUUUACGGUGCUCGUGCAGAACAAACUUACUAGUCAUCAUCAUAAAAAGCAUUUGUUAAGAAAGUUUGCUUUUCUUCAUCGUCCGCAGCAUGCGCUGAGGCAGUCUAUCGUACUACCUGUUGAAUCUAUCAAUGAUGAAUGCACUGAUCGCAAACACGAGCAAGGAAUGAUUACAGGAAUAAUGUAUCGCAAAUCCUCGGAAAAACAAUCUUCUGAGGAAGCUCUCAUGCCGAAGAAUGGAACGAGAAAUUUAGUCGAUCGUGAGCCAUCAAACACAAAGUACCCCUCUAAGAAAACUAUGGAGUUCACUCGAAGUCACUUUUGUGGUAUCACGAAAAAGGUGUUAGUGCUCACCGGCCAAUGGCCCUAUCAGAAUAGAAGAAAUAGAUUGCUUGGUGUGACCGUGACGUCCAUAGCCACAUUCUCUCUGAUCAUUCCACAGGUGAGCAAAAUCUUUCAGUGCGGCAAAAAUGUACAAUGUAUACUACAAGUUUUGCCAACGAUUUGUUUGUUUACUAUUAUUAUAGUGAAGCUGUAUGCGUGCCAUUUUAACGCUAGCAGAAUUAAAUAUCUCACCGAUCAUUUGCUGGACGACUGGAAGAAACUGGAGAGCCCGGAAGAGUACAAAAUUAUGAAAGCGUACGCUGCAAAUGGAAGAUUAUUUGCCUUGAUAUUUAUGUUAUGGUGUUAUAUAAUAUCCCCUGUAUUUGUGUCCAUCUCACUCAUACCGCAGAUACUGGACCUUAUCGCGCCCCUCAAUGAGUCUCGUCCCAUAUUGUUGCCCUACGAAGCGUAUUACUUUGUCGACGAAGAAGAGUAUUUCUUCUAUAUCUUCUUCCAUGCCGUCGUGGCUUUAGAGAUUGCUAUAACGGGGCUGCUCGCGCACGAUUGCAUGUUACUAACUUACGUCCAGCAUGUCUGCAGCAUCUUUGCCAUUGCUGGAUUUCGUUUCGAGAAUAUAGCAUACAAAAAUGUUAAUGUAACGAAUCUGAAUAAUUUAGAUAACUAUUAUAACAAGAAAAUAGUAAUCUCUGUGAAUGCACAUUGGCGAGCUUUAGAUUUUGCAGAUCUUCUUGAAAAUACGUUUACUAUAACUUUUCUUAUACAAAUAGUGAUAGUUAUCAUAGGGAUGAGCAUUACAUUGUUACAAAUCUCAAUGCAGUCCGAUGUUCUGCAAGCAACGAGAUACUCGGCAUUUGUCGUUGGUCAACUGAUUCAUCUAUUUUUCUUCAAUGUGCAAGGCCAAAAGUUGGUAAACCAUAGUUUACAAAUACGCGACAAGAUAUAUAACUCAUCCUGGUUUAAGAUACCUGUAAAAUCGCAGAUGCUGCUCCUCUACGUGAUGAGAAAAAGCCUGCAGCCAAAUUUUAUCAGCGCUGGCAAAAUCUACAUCUUUUGCCUGAAAAGCUUUACCGCGGUUGUGCAAACUUCCGUAUCGUAUUUUACCGUAUUUGCAUCCUUCCAAUAGUCGAUGGUCAAUAUUCAGAUAGUAUAGAAUUUUUAUGCAAC